AUGGCAGUCAAGAGUUUUGCUCUCCUAUGUUUGCAAGUCCUGCUCAUCAAGGUAAUUGCUGCUUAUCCGUGUAGUCCGUGUGCUGGUCUUCAAUCUACCGGACUAUGCACUCCCGAAGAUCUCGCUGCCGCUUCUGGUGGUUUAUUUAUUGUAACUACUGGCUCCCCCAUCGCUCCAACUGGAAUAUCAGUAUAUUCCGAGAAUACUAUUGAAGGCGUUCUAUCCGUAGAAGGUACCCUACCAUUCUUGGCCACUGUAUGCUUAGAGGGCGAAGUACCAACUUAUGGAACUGGAACUGUAGCUUACGGCUGUGGUAACGGUAAUGUUGGUAUGAUUGCGUAA